AUUAACUUUCUCCUUGAAUGCUCCUCACACAACCUUCGUACAAAGCUUAAUUAACUAAGUAAUAUGCCAGUAAGCCACUACUGUCUUUUAUGUUCAGACCCUUAUAUGUAUCCAUCUUCGUAAACUAGUUCGGCAUCUUCAACUGUACAACUCUCUCAGUCUCUCUUUCUCUAUCAGCUCUCUGACAGUGUGUCUCCGCUAACUCCAAGUAUGGUACAGGCAAAGAAGUUCAGAGGUGUAAGGCAACGCCAUUGGGGUUCUUGGGUUGCUGAGAUUCGUCAUCCUUUGCUGAAGAGGAGAGUGUGGCUGGGAACUUUUGAAACAGCGGAAGAAGCGGCCCGAGCGUACGAUGAGGCUGCUGUUCUAAUGAGUGGACGUAAUGCCAAAACAAACUUCCCAGUGGCAGCACCUAACGAAAACGGAAAAGACAACAACACUAGUGCUAAUUCGUCUUUCUCCGGAUCAUCAUCAUUGUCUGCUAUGCUUAGCGCAAAACUUCGCAAGUGCUGUAAAUUGCCUUCUCCAUCUCUCACUUGCCUUAGACUUGACACGGAGAGUUCCAGUAUUGGAGUGUGGCAGAAGCGAGCUGGGGCUCGGCCCGAUUCUAGCUGGGUAAUGACUGUCGAACUUGGAAAAAAGAAAAUAAAUGACAACGAACCAACCCUAGAGGGGGUGCAAGAAAAAGAUAUAGUAACUGCUUCAAUUCCAGAGACUUCAAUGGAGAAAUUAGAAGGCGAAGAACGUGGCAUGGAUGAAGAAGAACGAAUGGCGCUGCAGAUGAUUGAGGAACUCCUAAACAGGAAUUAAUUAAUCAUAAUUUACUUGUUGGACAAGUGGGGCUUAUUAUAGCUGUUAAACUACUUAGGUAAAAUGUUUGGUCUUUACACGAAGGUAUAAAGCAUCAGAUAUUUUUCCAAACUAUAAUAAUUAAGUAAUAUGGAGAGUCUAUUAAAGUAUUUUUCCGAGUCAUUGUCAUUGCUGUGUAUUCUGUUUGUCCAAGGUUGUGCAACUGUGGUAUUAUAUUUGAUAAAGAAGAUAUAAAUGUUAA